CAAGUGGAUGGCUGAGUUCAAAAGUUUCGAUGCGCAUUCGAUAAGUCGUGUGAGAAACAACUGGUGAUUUCUUCAAUUUUUCCGAUUUUGGAAUCAUAUUUGAAAUUUUUUGAAGACAGAAAUUCGAUAAGUCGUAUUUUAUAAAAGAAUUUGAUAGGGUAUCUCAAGGUUUUAUAUUUUAGUUAUUUUUUUGAAACGGUCCCAAUUGUUAAAAUUUUCAACGUCUAAAAAAGAGUAACGACACAAAACAAAAGGUCAAACCAAAGUAUAAAUUUAAAUAUUAAUAAAUUAUACUAAUAUUCAAUAUCAUGUAGGGGUUAUGCGAUUUCAUAAUUCCAUUAAACUUUCUGAACAACCCUUUCGCUUAAAAAACACACGGUGCGCUUACAACCGAGCCUGCCGCUUUGUGUGCGUUCCUUUUGGUACAUUGAAAAAUAAAUCAAAUAAAUCUGGUAAUCAACAACUAAACACAUGCAUGUCGUUUGUGUGUUACGCAGCAACACUCCGCGCUAAUCAGCUUAUCAGUUGUCGUUUGUGCUCGCAAACGUUGCAAAUGCACAGUUGUGCCGACCAGCCCUCAUUCAGUCGCCGCUGCACAGCACGCGCGACUGGUACUCUCUCGGCGCAGCACUUAGCAGACGAUUUAAUUAGAUUUAUUACAAGGUAAACUUGUGAAUUCGCCAAAUAUGAAUCGCUGGCGAAAUCGUGUAGCCGUCGUGACCGGCGCCAGUUCGGGCAUUGGUGCGGCCUGUGCCAAGUUGAUUGUGGCCGCUGGCAUACAAGUGGUGGGCCUUGCGCGGCGCGUGCACCGCCUGGAGGAGCUCAAGCAAUCUCUGCCUACCGAACAGCAACCGCUCUUCCAUUUCAAGCAGUGUGACGUUUCGCAGGAGCAGCAGGUGAGCGAGGCCUUCGAUUGGAUCGAACAGACACUGGGUGGUACCGACAUACUCGUCAGCAAUGCGGGCAUACUGCGCGAUGGCAACCUGGUCGACAUGUCAGUUAGCGAUAUACGUGAUGUGGUCAACACCAAUUUGAUGGGCUCGAUUUAUUGUUUGCAAAAUGCGCUCAAGAGCAUGCGAAAGCGCAACUAUCCGGGUCACUUGAUUUUCAUCAACAGUACUGCCGGACUACCGGGCUACAAUCCGGGUAAAGAGGAUCCGAGCUUAAACGUCUAUACUCCGACGAAGUUCGCUCUGAAUGCGGUCAAUGAGAUUUGCCGACAGGAGUUGAUCACGUUGAAGACAAAGAUCAAGACGACAAACAUCAGCCCCGGCUGGGUGUCCACCGAAAUCGUGCCGGACGAGACGAAAGCUCAGCUGGGUGAUGUUAUACUGCAGGCCGACGAUAUCGCUAACGCGGUAAUCUAUGCGCUCUCCACGCCCCCGCACGCGCAAGUGCAAGAGAUAACGCUGCGCGCCGUCGGCGAGUGGUUCUAAGGUAGCCGAUGAAGGAAGGGGAAUAAAAUAAUGUGCCGCUACCCGGUAUCCAGGAAACACUCACAUAUACAUAUAUGUAAACAUAUAUGAAUAUAUAAAUACCAAAAUAAAUAUAUUUAGUUAAUUUUUGUACAAAUUUCCAGCUCUCA